CAUUGGUCAACAGUCAACCUGACCUUUCUCUUCCAGCAUGGCCGCAACAAAGGAAAAGCUCGCGCGUGAUAUCUUUGGUGGUUCUGACUCGGAGCUGUCUUCAGAUGAGGAGGAAGAGCUCCAGAAUCAAUCGCAUAGCAAGCAGCGCCGCGACGAUUAUGAAUCAUCUGGCCCUGAUUCUGAGGAUGACUAUGGUCGCCAGGGCAAGCCGAAGAAACGGAGGACUAUCAAGAAAAAGAAAUCUAGCGACCUUAGGGAAGAGGUUGGUUCAAAGAGGAAGCGGGGGACCAAGAAGAAGGAGCCUACAUAUACGGAGGAAGACUUGAAUGACCUGCCGCCAGAGCAAGCCAGUAAGAUCAGGCUUGACAUGCAGUUCGACGCUAUACUCAAGCCCAAAAAAUCUUCGCGUCCCAAAAAACGAAAGAACAAUGACGAAGUUCUCGACAGCUUUGCUGAUGAUGAAGUCGCCCGGUUACGGGAAGCCAUGAAUAACGCAGCUGACGAAGACAUACGCUCCAAUCAUGACAAAAUUCCGGCUACGGCCAAAUUACGGCUGCUUCCUGAAGCCAUGGAGACUUUGAGAAAAGCUUCCCUUGCGCAGUCUAUGAUCGACAACAAUCUUCUGGAAGGCGUCAAACGUUGGUUAGAACCACUCCCAGAUCGUUCUCUUCCCGCGCUAAACAUACAACGCGAGUUCUUUCCCAUCCUCAGGAAAAUGGAAUUCAUCGACUCGGCCGUUCUCAAAGAGUCAGGACUUGGCAGAAUCGUCGUCUUCUACACCAAGUGCAAGCGCGUGACCCCUGAUAUAGCGCGUAUUGCCAACGAACUGGUCUCAACGUGGUCACGCCCAAUCAUUAAGAGGUCGGCUUCUUACAGGGACAGAAUUGUUCCUGUUGCCCGAGAUGAUGGAGAUCCGAACGCAGGCAGGUUUGGUGGAGAGAAAUUGGGUGCUAUCUUGGCACGCGCUAAAGAGUCAGAGAAGGGCCGGGUCCGCAAGAAUGCUGUUACAAUUCCUCAGAGUGAAUUGGGCAACUAUACUGUGGCGCCCAGGGCCAAUGCCGCCCUCAUGCGGUCUAAUACUAGCGUGGAUGUCGAUGUGGAGAGAAGGCGGAAGAAUGCUGAGCGUCUGAGGGCCCUGACCAGGAAGGUGGCCAUGAGAGGCUGACUAUUCAGUGUGCUCGCCCUUUUUUUCGCAAAUUUCUCUGUAAAUUACUGUCUAGUUUUCUGGUGAUUCAAAUAUAUCUCCGAUGGUUGUCACCCUUGUCGCUAUCCAGUGCUCAAUCUAUAUAUAUAUAUAUAUACUUGGAAGUCUUGAAAGUCUUGACUAACCAAAAAUAUCCACCUGCA